CAAUUUUCCCAUAACUCAUUGCGGGCUUCUACAUUCACAGAUGACCAAAAUGGCGGAUUCGUCGGUCGAUGUUGUCGAAGGUUGUCGGCUUCCAGUUCUCCGAAAAAAUCAGGAAAACGAAGACGAGUGGCCUUUGGCCGAAAUUCUCAGUGUUAAAGAAAUCCCUGGGAGAAAACUCUACUAUGUCCACUACAUUGACUUCAACAAGCGUCUGGAUGAGUGGGUUACGCCGGACAGGCUUGACAUGAAGAAGCUGCAGUUCCCAAAGAAGGAGGCUAAAACUCCCACUAAGAACGGGCUUCCGGGGUCACGACCCAGCUCCCCGGAGAGAGAAGUGGUAAGAGCGGCCGGAGCUGGCCCCCAGCAUCCCCCCAGCAGGCCCCCCCAACCGCAAGCCCAGCAGAAGUCCCUACCUACCAAGACUUCUCUGCCAGACUUUCAAGUGUUGCAGCAACAAGCUCAGAGGAAGAGUCUAGAUCUCAACCUUCAAACUGCCACUGCUCCUUCCAGAGGCAAAACCCUCCCCACACCGAAGAGGAAAGCAGAGUCUGUGUCCCUGGCAACACAAGUGUCCCCGGCAACUCCUGUGCCAUCCUUGCCAGGUUCCACAGAAGCAUCGCAGGCGUCCGUUUACCCUGCCGCAAGGGACACCAACACAUUCACACUCAAGUCCAGUAGCCGCGAAGACCACGAGCAGCUGACCUCUCUCACCACGAAUGGUACUGCUCGUCGUCCCAUGCCCAAUCAGCCAGGCAGGAAGAGGAAACAGCCCCCAAACUGCGGGGGAACCGAUGAGAUAAUAAAGGUUUUCCAGUAUAACAACAGCCCUCGAUGUGCCAAUGUGUAUCUGCCACCAGGAGAGGACUCGCAGGACAGCUCAGAUGGCAUCCCUUCAGCCCCUCGCAUGACUGGCAGUCUGGUGUCGGACCGUAGCCAUGACGACAUUGUCACACGUAUGAAGAACAUUGACUGCAUUGAACUGGGUCGCCACAGGCUGAAACCCUGGUACUUCUCACCCUACCCACAAGAACUGACCACAUUGCCUAUUCUCUACCUCUGCGAGUUCUGCCUCAAGUACCUCAAAAGUCUCAAGUGUCUGCAGAGGCACCUGACCAAGUGUAAUCUUCGGCAUCCACCUGGCAAUGAGAUCUACCGCAAGGGCACAAUCUCCUUUUUUGAAAUAGAUGGCAGAAAGAACAAAACAUACUCUCAGAACCUGUGUUUACUGGCAAAGUGCUUCCUGGAUCACAAGACCUUGUACUAUGACACCGACCCUUUCCUCUUUUACGUCAUGACGGAAUAUGACUCCAAGGGCUUCCACAUAGUGGGCUACUUCUCCAAGGAGAAAGAGUCGACAGAAGAUUACAACGUGGCCUGUAUCCUCACCUUACCCCCCUACCAGCGGAGAGGCUACGGCAAAUUACUCAUUGAGUUCAGUUAUGAGCUGUCUAAGGUCGAGGGGAAGACUGGGACACCAGAGAAGCCUCUGUCUGACCUCGGGCUGUUGUCAUACCGCUCCUACUGGUCCCAGACCAUCCUGGAGAUCCUCAUGGACCUGAAGCCCGACAACGGGGAGAGGCCACAGAUCACCAUCAAUGAAAUCAGUGAGAUUACCAGCGUAAAGAAAGAGGAUGUGAUAUCUACACUUCAGUACCUUAACUUAAUAAACUACUAUAAGGGCCAGUAUAUCCUGACACUUUCUGAGGACAUUGUGGAGGGGCAUGAGAGAGCAAUGCAGAAACGUCACCUGCGCAUUGACCCCAAAUGCCUUCACUUCACCCCCAAGGACUGGAGCAAGAGGGGCAAGUGGUAAACCCUGACCACCCCCUCUGUCUUACAGCAGACUUUCCUGAAGCACUCAGGGUGGAGUCCCACAGGGCUACUCAGACAGGGAGCUUCAAUACAGAACCAUUAUAUAUUUGUGUCAUCAGGCCCCUUUUUAUGGAACAUAUAAAGAUAAGAACUGUGUACUGUAUAAUCAGCAUUCUUUUUCUUUUUUUCCCCUCUCCAAUCUCCUUUUAUCCUCACCAUUGACCUCAUGAGAUUCUGAGUUUGUACUUGGCACUAGUGAAUCCAUUUGUGUAAAGGACACCUUGAUUGACACCGGUUUCCUUACCGGUCUAUGAAUGAGAUGUGACCGCAAACCAUGCUUUGUAUUAGCACAAAGCCCAUCCAGUGCCAUGUAUCGAUAUUUUUUUUAUUUUGCUUCAUGUCUUAAUUACUUUGGUUGUGAUCUGUAUGAAGACACUUAAAAUAUUUACAAAUAUAAGUGUGUGGAAAAUAUGUCUGUGUUAUUCAGGGAAUAAGUCCCAUUCACAUGAUAUUUUCAUUACCAGGGCUUUGUGCUACAAAUGGUAAAAUGUUUGCAUAUGAAAACUGUAUCUAAAACAAAGCAUGGAUUGUAGAUAAACCAGACCUUCACUCUAGGCAAGCCUUUUGUCAUUUUGUAAUUUGGUUGAACGGUCAUAUCUACUCAUGUUGGACAGAAGAGGCUGAUCACCUGUUUCUUUAUCUUCCUUACUUACACUUUUGGACUAGUCAGUGUGUGCUCAUUUCAGUGAAAAUCACUCCAUUAUUGCUUGGGAUGUAGUCUUGGAUUAUGACUGUCCAUGUCCAUCGUCUCAUUGAUAAACACACAAUAAGAACAACAUGUCUAUACCUAAACUGUGCUUGUGACCAGUAGUAAUUGUGUAAAUACUAUGAUAUACUGUUUUAUAAAGGAUUUUUUAAGGUGGUGUUGCAUUUCUGUAUGUCACAAGAGCUAUGUGAGAAUGCUCUGUACAGAAAAUAAGCCAUGUUAAACAGUUAAAAGAAUGUACAUUUGGAUACCUGUACAGAUGUUGUUCCUUUUUGUAAACUUGAAUGUAAACUAACACAUUUGGCAUAACGUAUCAUAUAAUUUAAUGAGACUAUUUCCUGUAAAUGUGUGUGUACUGAUAGGGAUUUGUAACAAAAGAGUACUUCAUACUUCAUUUGUGUUGUCGUUAAUGUUGAUAGUUAUUAUAUUUACAUUUGUUAAAGUGCAAAUUCCACUUUGA